CUCCUAGCUAGUUUCUUCAAUAUUCAUAACACAUUUAUCAUAUUCUCUUACUAACAAAUACAACUAUUAUGGCACCUCAUGGAGAUUCAUUACCUAGCUCAAUCUCUAGGAGCAACAACAUUGUAUGCUCCAAACCACCAAAACCUAAUUCAUCUCAACUCAACAACAAUAACAUUCAAAGAACAAUCUCAGACAUAUCAUUUGAACUAUCAAAACAAGACCUUGAUUUAACGCAGCUUCCACCGAUAACUGAAGUUGAAGAUGCAAAGUGUGAAUGCUGUGGCAUGUCGGAAGAGUUUACACCUGAGUACAUAAAACGUGUACGUGACAAAUACUUAGGGAAAUGGGUUUGUGGUUUGUGUUCUGAGGCAGUGAAAGAAGAGUUGGAGAAAAAUGGUGGGAACAAUAUUGAAGAGGCUUUGAGUGCACACAUGAGUGCAUGUGUUAGGUUUAAUAAAUUUGGAAGGAGUUUUCCUGUUUUGUUUCAAGCUGAAGCUAUGAAAGAGAUGCUGAAAAAGAGUAAAAUGGAAGGGAGAAGGGCUAAGUCAUUCAACCCUAGAGACAAAGGUGGUGAAAAGAAAGGUGGUGGGCUUGCUAGAAGUUCAAGUUGCAUUCCUGCUAUUACAAGAGAUAUCAAUGAUUUCACAAUCACCAAUUAAUCUUAUCUUAUAACAUAGAAGUUAACCGUAUGUUUGAAUUGAUGGUAAGUUUAAUAGAAUCUCAGCGAGUCACCGUAAUUUUAUUCAAUAAUAUUACGGUGAGACCAUCAUGAUUUCAUCAACUCAACGUGAUUUCAGACAUGCAUUAAGUGUUUUAAUUCUGUAUUGAUUAAUUCUAUGUUGUUUAGGAGCAUGGUUUAUAUACUCGUUCCUUUUUUUUCUUUUCUUUUCUUUUUUCUACUGACUAGUGACUACUCCUCAGAGUCUUUAGGGUUUGAUCAAGAUAACAUAACCCUAAAGUCAUACCUUUUGAUCCGAGUAUAAGGUUUUUUAGGUCUCUCUCCCUAUCACUAUCAUAGUUUUUAUUGAAGGAUCAAGUUGAACCGUGUGUGAGUUCUUUGUCUUUCUUUUUGAUGGAGAGGGUUUUUAAUACUUUGUAUUUUAGUCAGUGGCUUUUUCAAUGUAUUUUAGAUAUUUCCAAUCUUAUAACAGAAAUAAAAUUUGCUUCAUGCAUUGAUCUA